AUGAAUGACCCUGUAGCAGCUUACAAACUCAUCAGACGACUGAGAAAUCAAUGGACCUCCAGGAGGAAGGGGGCACUGUCCUGUAGGUACAGCACAGCUGGAGGAAACCCCAGGCUGAUUUUGGCACCACUGAAAGAGGAGAUUGAGUGGGAUGAACCCGAAAUUAUCAGAUAUCAUGAAAUCAUUUUAGAAAACGAGAUUGAGAUCUUGAAAAGUUUCUCAAGACCUUGGCUGAGAAGGUCUCAAGUGCAUGUAAUAGAGGGAGAAGGUGCAGUCUCAAAAGAUCGUGUUUCCCAAAGUGUUUGUCUGGAAAAACAUGACCCCAUGAAUGUUCGUGUCAAUCAGAAAAUUGCAGACGCUACAGGACUCUCUAUGGAAACAGCUGAAUGUUUACACGUUCAGAAUUAUGGUAUUGGUGGCAGAUAUGAACCACAUCACGACUUCUUGAAUGAAGAGAAUGACAGGAUUGCUACAUUCUUAAUUUAUAUGAGUGAUGUGGAGAUAGGAGGCGCCACUGUGUUCCCUGAAGCUGGAGUUGCAGUGCGGCCAAAAAAGGGAUCAGCUGUGUUUUGGUACAACCUACAUAAGAAUGGUACAACCAAUUUGAAAACACUGCAUGGUGGAUGCCCUGCCUUUGUGGGAAAUAAAUGGGUGGCUAACAAAUGGAUCCGUGAGUUUGGCCAGGAGUUCAAGCGACCCUGUUCUCUGUCAAAUGGAGAGUAAAAAGCAUUAUAGAAGCCACAAUGUUUACGGUAACUGAAUGCAUGAUAA